AUGGUCACACAAGCAGGAAUAUCUCAGAAGGACAUCUAAUGUUAUCCCCGGAUUGUGACAUAAAAGAUAAUGACAGUAGACAGGAUUCUCCAGGAGAUAACCCCAUUACCCCAAUUAUACAUCCAGCUUCGUCAGCUGAUCCCUCUGAUCCUGGGAAAUGUUCUCCUGAUCACUCUGAUAUUGGUGCAUCUGUUACAGCUCUGACAGUAGAUACAGUGUUUCCCUGUUCUGUAGAUGCCAAAUGUUUUACACAGAACACAAAGCCUAUUAACCUACACACAGGUAAGGCAGGUGAGAGGCCACUGAUAUGUUCUGAGUGUGAGAAAUGUUUUACAUGCAAAUCAGAUCUUGUUAUACAUCAGCGAAGUCACACAAGUGAGAAGCCAUUUUCUUGCUCUGAGUGUGGGAAAUCUUAUUAUUCUAAAUCACAUCUUGUUAUACAUAACAGAAGUCACAGAGGUGAGAAGGCAUUUCCAUGUUCUGAGUGUGGGAAAUGUUUUGCACACAAAUCAGUUCUUGUUAGACAUAACAGAAGUCACACAGGUGAGAAGCCAUUUUCUUGCUCUGAGUGUGGGAAAUGUUUUACACAGAAAUCAAGUCUUGUUAAACAUCACGUAAGUCACACAGGUGAGAAGUCAUUUCCAUGUUCUGAGUGUGGAAAAUGUUUUGCACUUAAAUCACAUCUUGUUAGACAUCAGAGAAGUCACACAGGUGAGAAGCCAUUUUCUUGCUCUGAGUGCGGGAAAUGUUUUACACAAAAAUCACAUCUUGUUACCCAUCAGCAAAGUCACACAGGUGAGAAGGCAUUUCCAUGUUCUGAGUGUGUGAAAUGUUUUACCUGGAAAUCACAACUUGUUAUACAUCAGAGAAGUCACACAGGUGAGAAGCCAUUUUCUUGCUCUGAGUGCAGGAAAUGUUUUACACAAAAAUCACAACUUGUUACCCAUCAGCAAAGUCACACAAGUGAGAAGGCAUUCCCAUGUUCUGAGUGUGUGAAAUGUUUUACAUGGAAAUCACAACUUGUUACACAUCAGCAAAGUCACACAGGUGAGAAGGCAUUCCCAUGUUCUGAGUGUGGGAAAUGUUUUGCACACAAAUCAGCUCUUGUUAUACAUCACAGAAGUCACACAGGUGAGAAGCUGUUUUCUUGCUCUGAGUGUGGGAAAUGUUGUGUAAGUAAAUCACAACUUGUUGCACAUCUGCGCAGUCACACAGGUGAAAAGCCUUUUCCAUGUUCUGAGUGUAGGAAAUGUUUUGCAUGGAAAUCAGAUCUUGUUAUACAUCACAGAAGUCACACAGGUGAGAAGCCAUUUUCUUGCUCUGAGUGCGGGAAAUGUUUUACACAGAAAUCACAACUUGUUAUCCAUCAGCAAAGUCACACAGGUGAGAAGGCAUUCCCAUGUUCUGAGUGUGGGAAAUGUUUUGCACACAAAUCAGUUCUUGUUACACAUCAGAGAAGUCACACAGGUGAGAAGCCAUUUCCAUGUUCUGAGUGUGGGAAAUGUUUUGCACACAAAUCAGUUCUUGUUAGACAUAACAGAAGUCACACAGGUGAGAAGCCAUUUUCUUGCUCUGAGUGUGGGAAAUGUUUUACACAGAAAUCAAGUCUUGUUGAACAUCACGUAAGUCACACAGGUGAGAAGUCAUUUCCAUGUUCUGAGUGUGGAAAAUGUUUUGCACUUAAAUCACAUCUUGUUAGACAUCAGAGAAAUCACACAGGUGAGAAGCCAUUUUCUUGCUCUGAGUGCGGGAAAUGUUUUACACAGAAAUCACAACUUGUUAUCCAUCAGCAAAGUCACACAGGUGAGAAGCCAUUUCCAUGUUCUGAGUGUGGGAAAUGUUUUGCACACAAAUCAGUUCUUGUUAGACAUCAGCGAAGUCACACAGGUGAGAAGCCAUUUCUAUACUCUGAGAAAUAAAUCAUCAGAAUCAGCUUUAUUGGCCAGGUGUACUCACGUACACUAGGAAUUGUUUGUUGUACAAUGCAUCGCCAAGCAGCAACAUGAAAGGGGAAUGCAUAGCAUAAGAAGGGGGAAAAACAUAGCAUACAUUACACAUAUGAGUUCAUACUGCACAUUGCAACUGUACAAUAGACUCGACAUAUUAUACAUGUAAGACUAAAAACGAAGGCUGCUUGGCAGAGCAGCACUGAGGCGCCAACUAGAACUCAAACAAUGCACAUAAUACAGAAGAAUUAAGUAUUACACAUCAAAAGAUAAACCACACAGACAAAAAUAAAAAAAAUAUACAUUUUGGGUAAUAACUACCAUGGGCUGUGUAUUCCACCCUCACAGGGUACCAGGUGCGGCGCACUGUGUAGGAUUACCCUCGGUGGAGUAGUCCAUCCUUGAGGGGUAGGCCUGUAAGGUACUACUGAUGUUCUCUGCCAGAGGGUUAGUGGGCAUAGUCCUGGUAAUUUCGUUUUCGAGGUUUGAUGAGUCCACAUAAUGUUUUGGAUUUCUUUCUUGAUGUUCAUCAAUGUUUGUUCAACUGUUUUUUUAACUGUUAAUUUUCAAAACGCUUAGAGAUAAGAACGCUUUGAGUAUUUUAACGCACAGCUGUGCAUGGCUGAAGCUACAGAUAUACUAUGGUAAAUUGACACAACUACAGCUGAGACAAAUGUCUCACUAAUCAAAGGAGCUAAAUUACCCAGUGUUUGACUAAGCAGACACCAGCCCAGUCUGCCUUGAUUAAAUAUGCGGCACUGACCAGACUUUGAAACACAGGUAUUUUAAAUUACAAAGAAAACCAGAAAUCACAAAACUAACAUGAGAUUUGAACAUACAUUUAGAAUAGAUGUUUUGCUGAGGUUUAGAUUGCAAUAGCAGAUAACAGGGUGAGAUUUGAACAUACAUUUAGAAUAGAUAUUUUGCUGAGGUUUAGAUUGAGAGCCCAGUACCAAUCCUAAAUGGUUGUCUAGCUGAGCUCCAGGUGUGGGUGAUGCCAGUUGGCUGUGACUCAGUCCUGGUGAAACAGGUCCUUAUGAUAGAAGCUCACCAACAAAGGGCAGGGCUACAGCUCAGCUUUACUACCAACCAGACAUACGCUUGGGGGUUCAGAGUUACAAAAUGCUGAUCAUGUGCGGAAUCUUGGUGUUCUGGAUGGUGGAGUGACACUUACACAUCGGUAUCUGCCACAAUCAGAUCCUCAUCUGAGGAACAUAACCAGACUCCAGCACUUAUUUCUCUCAGAAGAUCUACCUACAGUCAUACAUGCACUUGUAUCAUCACACAUAGAUUACUGCAAUGUCCUCUACCUGGGUCUCCCAGCAAAAGAAUUGCACCGCUUGUAGCUUGUACAGAAUGCAGCAGCCAGGCUGUUACCUAACCAGCCCGUUCCUGCCACAUAACACCCAUUCUCUGCUCCCUUCACCGGCUGCCUGUAAGAUGGUGACUCUAUUACAUAAUCUUACUGACUCUCCCAGCCCUACAUGACCUGGGCCCAUGGUACCAGAACCAGCUUCUGCCUCCUUACUGCCCUGCUUUCUUACUUCCACCUGCACAUGAAGGACUGUUACCAGCAGUACCAAGAAUCCCCAAGCAAUGCUGAGAGGUCAGGGGGAAGACAUGGUGGUGGCACUAGUGCUGUAGCGGGGGCUGCCGGAGGCACUGUCAGUGGGUAAUAUUGUCCCCAA